AUGGCUCAAAUCCCUUGGGACGUUGUUGACGCUGCGCCGGCGCCUCCUUCCCCGACUAUCGCGAUUGGCGUUGCGGCGCAAACAAUCGAGUACAAGCCUGAGGAGGCAUCUGCAUCAGUCGAAGCUGAGAUCCUCGCCCAUCCUAUCGCUACGGAGGCCGCGUCUACCACUCCUCUUCCUACGGAAACUGGAUCAGCCGUCGAGAAGCGAGACCUGUCGAAGCGAGCUUGCGAGGCUCAAGCAAUUGGUGCUGGGCCUGUGCCUUCGCCAGAUACCGCCAGUGCCUUCCUUGCUCACAGUGCGUUUGCCGCUACUGCAACAGCUGCUCCCGUACCCUCAGGGUAUACGAACACUUUCACAAACUUGAAAGCUUCCAACAAUGCCUAUGGUUACAUGGGCUUCACUACGCUAAAAACAUACGACUCCAACGUCUGUGCCUCGAAAUGCAACGCCAUUAUGGGAUGUGCUGCGUUCAAUCUUUAUUUUGAACGCAAUCCUAUCCAGGCACCCGGCGAUGGUUGCAAGAACCCGCCCAGCUCAACCCACAUCAAAUGCGUCUUCUGGGGCGGUCCAGUCUCCACAGAGAAUGCCAAGAAUUUCGGGCAAUGGCGCCGAGACUUCCAAGUCGUUAUAGCUGGGUCAAACGGAUACGUGAGCAACAGCAUAAAGCCCAUCGAAGGCUACACUGGCCCAAAUUACUUAGGCAAAGCUUCAAUAAAUGCUCCGCUUGACUGCUCGGGAAGUGAUACUUUCGUCGGAGCCACAAUGUUCACCGCGGGUCCUUUCGAUGCUGGUCUUUGCGCUAGCGCUUGUGCAGCACACAAUGAGUACGCGCGCAACGCGGCAGUCAAACCAAGAACCUGCCAUUUCUUCAAUACGUAUCUGUUACUCAAGAACGGCAUCAGCACAGGGCAGGUAUGUGUCAUGUACAGCAAGUCAUGGGAUGCUAGCUACGCGAAGAACACCGGAGAGACGCGCGGUUCCGACAAAUACACAAUCGCGUUUUCCUACUCCUUUGUCGACUCCCAAGACCCAGGAAAGCCGGCCAUCCCGUGCGAUGUCGCAGCUGCAACAUCACUUAUCAAGACUUCAUCUCUCGAGCCGUUCUGCACCGGGCUUUUAGGCUAUGCAGCACCAACCGUGACCGUCUCGCAUACAGUCACCACGACUCUGCCAGUCACUGCCUUCGAAACUUUCGGUGUUGUCACCGCUACGUUCACGACCAGCGCCUUUACCACCGUCACUAAAAAACAAUGGCGCAAGAGGGGAGUAGUCACACCAGAGGCGCUUGCAACCAUCUCGCCAAGCGUCGUGAGCGCCGCCUGCAGCCUCCAAGCCAGCAAAGUAACCACGACAGACACCGUCUCUGAAACAGCCUCCGCCACUGACCUCGUCACCGAGUACAUCACUGUCCCAUCAGCAACCGUCACCGAGACAACCACGGCUAUGCAAACGGCCGCGUCCUGGUGCGGCGGCCCAGCUCCCGCGAACAUCGGUUUUGAGUCCGGCUUGUCCGGUUGGACGCCCGAUUACUACCGCAACGGCGGGCCCGCCACUGUCGAAGCUCAGGGUGGCGGAUCAAUCCACGCAUGGUGCCGCUCCGACGUCGGAUGGGACUUUGCGAAGGCAGGCGUCCACAAGGUUCUCGAGACGUGCCCGGGCACGACGUACAAGCUUGUUUUCAGCUACAAGCAGGACAUGGGUUACUCGAACUCGAACAACUACUUCAUCCUCAUUGCGAAUUCGAGGGAGGUUUUCAACAUGCGCGGUGGCUACGGUAAUCAUUUCGGCGUCCAGCCCGGGAACUGGGAUAGGAGGGAGUUGACAUUCACGGCGACACAGACGACGACAUGGUUGUCGUGGUGGUUGGUGUGUGGCGGGUACAACCAGAUUGGGUAUUCAUUUGAUAUCCUGGAGUUGCGGUCGGUUUGA